AUGUCGGCCGCAGAACAAGUGAAGCUUUCUAAUUUCCCGAGCAUCUUCUCCCUCGAGGGAAAGGUCGCUGUGGUGACCGGUGGCUCGCGUGGACUGGGACUACACGCUGCCUCGGGUCUCCUGCAAGCCGGUUGCUCCAAGGUGUACAUCACCUCCCGCAAGAAGGAUGCCUGUGACGAAGCCGUCGCCGCGCUGAACGCGCUGCCAAACAAGCGGCCCGGCGCGCAAGCUAUCUCCGUGCCCGCCGACAGCUCUCGCAUGGACGAGCUGGACCGGCUGGUAGCCGAGGUGAGAAAGACGACCGACCACGUCGAUAUGUUGUUUGCCAAUGCCGGUGCGACAUGGGGUGAGAAGUUCGAUACGCACCCGGAGAAGAUGUUCUCCAAGGUCAUGGAUCUGAACGUCAAGAGUGUCUUUUACACAAUCCAGAAAUUCACGCCCCUGUUGACUGUCAAGGCAACACGCGACGAGCCCUCUCGGGUGAUCAUUACCGCGUCGGUAGCGGGUAUUGGAAUCGGCACUGUAGGCGACAACGCCACGCCGAGUUACUCUGCUUCCAAGGCCGCUGCAAUUCACAUUGCGAAGAACCUGGCUGUUGAGCUUGGCCCGCGCAAUGUCUUGACCAAUGCUAUUGCACCGGGUUUCUAUCCGUCCAAGAUGGCUAGUGGCUUGAUUGAGUUGAAGGGUGGGUUGAAGGAAAUCGAGGAGUAUUCGCCUAAUGGUCGUCUGGGCAAGCCGGAGGAUAUUGCGGGUUUGGUUGUGUUUUUGGGAUCUCGGGCUGCGAGUCACCUCAAUGGGGCGGUGAUUACCACUGAUGGUGGUUCGCACCUGAAGGGGAGACUGUAA